AGGAGGCGCGUCCUUCUCAGCUGUGCCAUUUGCGAGCAGUCGAUCUAAUACUAUAUAAAUAUCCCAUGGCGUCUGGUAGUUAUGUUCAUUAUCUUCGUAGUAGGUCUUAGAAAGAAAGUAUUUUAUUCGUAAUUGAUUGAUGCGUACAUACAUAAACAUUAAGAAUUUACUUCACUGAUGACACCUUCAGGGACCGUGCACAAGCAACAUCAUUCUUGACAAUGAGGUUCAACAAACAGGAACUGACUACUCUAGCCACGCAGCCGUCUCAGAAAUUUGACAAGGAGGGCGUCUUGUUUCUUCGAGAAAGACAGGAGGGGUUCUUCAGGCGCACUGAGAGGAAAGACAUCAAAAGAGGGAAAAGAUCAAAGAGUCUUCGGGAACUGAGCUGCUAUAGCGGAACAAGCAAAGUCAGUCUUGAGCGAUGGUGUCGGUUGAGGGGGAACUUACUGUUCUACUUCAAGUCUCGAGAACAGUGGUCAGAACCGCUGGGUGUCAUCAUUUUGGAGCAGUGUUCCAUCAAAGUUGACACACCCACUGCAGAGGGUCCAUAUGGCUUUCGCCUAGUGUUUGAAGGUGGCCUGAGUCAGCACCUUGCAGCAUAUUCAGAAGGGGAACGGGAUGCAUGGCUGCAAGCCAUCCAGCUGGCAAGCUAUGACUGCAUGCGCUCACAGCUCCUGGUAUUGCAGCAGAGGAUGGAGCUGCAUCGGGGGCAGGAUCCAGACCUGGAUGUCCACAUGUGGAGGAUACGAAGGGGCCACACAGUAGAUCCAUGUGAACUUCCUCUCUGUGAAAUUUCAUUGGCGUGUGACAACCUACUGUGCGAUGGUCAUGGACGCCCACCAAACCCCGUGUUGGUAGUUCAUGUGUACUUUGCUACUGAUGCAGUCUGGAUCAAGUAUGCCAGAACUGAGGUGGUGGAGAAGAGCAGUAAUCCAGGCUUCCUGAACACGGUAACGUUCCGAGCCAGUGAUGGUCUGAAUGGUGAGACACGUGUUCGACUUACAGCGUAUGAUGUGCGUGAACAUGUGUCUCAAACAGCUACACCUAUUGGAUCCUCUGUAGUAACAUUAGGUGCAGUCCUGGAAACAGACCGACUCCGUAUCCCUCUACUGUCCCCUGCUGGCACCACUGUUGGUUUUCUGACCAUGACAGUGUGGAAAUUGGAACCUGAGGAUAAGGGUGGCAGCACUGAGUCUACUCCAUGCAGAAGUGCACCUGAUCAUGACGUAGCUGUGAUUUGCUCUCACCGGAGGUCUCAAUCUCUGCCUCCUCGACUGGGCACCAAGCUGAAACUUCCACACCAGGGCCAACUGCGCCUUCUGUUUGCCAACCCCCAUAUGCAUACGUACUGCUUCCACUCUGGUCUUGGUGGUGACAUCUAUGUUCAUGAGGUCAUGGCAGAAAGCAGACUGUGUUUCCUGUUUCCACAGCAGCUGUUAGCUCUGUGGAUCCAGGAAGAGAAGGAGCUGCUGCAAGAAGUGGCAGGAAUGGGCGAGCUGCAUGAACCAUGGCACACACGCCAGGUGGAACUGCUGGAUCGACACCUCCAUCUUCUCCACCUGUACUCACAAGCAAAAGAAAACCUGGAAGCACAUAAAGGAACUUACUUUAAACCAAGUUCUCGUAAAGGUGAUCGAAUGUUAGAGUUUGCUCCAGUAAAUCUGCAUUUGCAACGGAUGUGGGUUCAGAAUGACACACUAAGGAAAAGUGGGUUUUAUGAUAUUAUUACUGUGGGAGCCUUCACAGCGCACUCUCACAAGUCGAAGAACGGGGGCCUUAUAAAACUGCUGCAGCAGCUGAAGGAAUCACCGUCAAGAACAAACGAAACCCUGCAAGGGCCGAGCAAGAUAAGAAUGGCGCAUGAUGCAAUACAAGCCAUUAAACAGCUUCGUCGGGAAGUUGUGGAUGGAAUGCGAGCCCUCAUGAAGCUGGCAAAAGAGAAGCAGACUACUGGCAUGCUCACAAUCUGUGAGGAUAUGAUAUCGAAGACGCGGAUUCUUCUGAGCCUGUGGGACCCAGGGCUUGUUGAAGAAGCUCUGUCCUUUGUAGAAGAGCACAAAGUAUCUCAGCCCAUACCAGAAGACCCUGUUGAUGGAGAUGACGGUCUGUGCAGUUUCGAACUUCGACAUCAGCAGGCAUUAUCUCCAUACCGACGCAUCACGCAGCAGCUGAACUUUGACCUGAGGUCACCUGAUCUAGAUGACCUUGUGACCCCUGACAGUCCGCACUGUACUCGAAUUUUCUGGAGCCUCCCAGCUAAUGGAACAGUUCACAAGGCAGCAGAUGCUGAUGCGGCUUCUGUCACAGCACUGAAAAGUUAUGGGUCCAGGUCAAGAGAUUCGCUUUCAGGCAGUGAAACACAAUUUGAAAUUUUUCCAGACACUGAAGAAGGAACAAACCAAAAUGCAGAUGAUCAAAAUGAAGAGCAGGAGGCAUUGACAAGCAGACAGUGUGAUCAGGAUGGCUCAGAAAACUGUAAUGACAUGUUGGAUGUAGAAGACAGAUCAUUAGGAAUGGCCAAUGGUUUUGACUGUGACUUAGGAAGAAGGUUUUUGGACACACAAGCCAUGUGUAGUUCUCCAUCGGCGAAUUAUUACAAACCGACAGAUGAGCCAGAGCCAUGGGAUCUCACACAGCUGAACAUUGAAGCUAGUGUUAUGUGUCUUGUCAGCAAAGUUAAGUUCCUUUGUGGGCGUUGUGGCAGUCCUGCUGUUCGACUCAGAUCCUCUCAGCGUGGGAUGGGCAGAUCGCGUAGUUUUCGUGGAGGGCUUUCAAAUCAGACUACUGCAGAUGAGGGCAGUGACAGGAACUCUGUGGUGACAGUUCAGCCAAUGAGUGCUAAUGGUGGACGUAAUAUUUUAAACACAUCAGAUCACAUAGAAAAGAAAGCAAAAGAAAACACGGAGGAUGAGGAUCGACGAUUGGAAUCAAUUGGACUGUCAGCUGACAUGAGUAGUGAUGACAUGAUAAACAAGGCUGUGGACACGGUGCAGAAAGCUGUUAACGGUGCUGUGGGGAGAAAUGGUUCAACUGUACGAAACAAAUUUACCGAGGGCUUAGACUUCGCUUCUAUUGUCGAUUGGACGUGUGAAUUGCGUCCAAGCAUGAGAAAACUUCGACAAGCCAUGGAUGGGCUGCUGAAGACAGCAAGACUCACACACAGUGUGUUUCGGGUGCAGGAGGAUGGACGAGCUGCGCAGAGAGCUUGCAAUGUUCGUUACCGUCGUGAUGUCUGCUUUUCACAGGCUCUGACAUCACUUGUAGUGGGGCUAAUGGCCAAGCUGUGGUGUCAGAAGCCAGACCCUGCAUUCCUGACGGUGCUCACCACACUUGGACCCCUCGUCUCUUUCGAGGGUCUACUGAGUUAUUACGGCGAUGAGAUUGAUAUGUGGGGGGACAUGACUGUCGCAGUGGAGGACCUCUUGACAGUGACUUUCCUGCUCACGAGGUGCACGAGCAGCAGCCCCAGAUCUUGUCAGUCGUCUUCAUCUCAGCAGUACCCAGUUCCACGUGUUGUUGGCUCACGUUCAGCUCUGAGCGUUCUCCUACCUGUACCAGAUGCUGUGCACUCUAUGCUUCCUCUGUCGUCUUCGCCAACUUCGUUCACCGUGACCCCCGUGUUCUUCAAUAUUGGCAUCAAUGAGAUGGCAACACUGGCAGAGAGUUUGGGUAACACCAGACCUCAAGACAAGAGCAAUCUUGACAAUUUCGAGAGGGUGAAUGAGUAUUACUACCGGUUCCGAAAGCUUCAUUUUCCAACAGAGGCACCAGGAAACAGAGGUCCUACAUGUGCCCCUCUACAGCUGACACUAGCAGAGCUGGUGGAAAGCCUGAGGGUAGCCGUGCACGCUAAACAGAGUAAGAAUGUGGAUGUGCUGCACCUCUCAUCACGCAUCUGCCGCAGAAUGAAGGGACUACGGUUUACAAGCUGCAAAAGUGCCAAAGACAGAACAGGUAUGUCGGUGACGUUGGAGCAGUGUCACAUCCUGGUAGCAGAGUAUGGGUUGGCAGAACAUGAGAUUCAGCGACCGCUGGACUGCAUGAGGAGUGAAGGGUGUCGCAGAGAGAACACCCAUAAGAAUACUGGUGUCCGGAAAUACGCGUUCAAUAGUCUUCAAUUACUUACAUUACCGAAACCAUACCGGCCACCAGCAGGGACAUAUGGCUCAGCCCAGACAUGAAAUCGUCAAUGCAAGUAUUAUCUACCAUAUUUCAUUCUUGGGUUUGAGUCAUGGUGCAGUAAUGGCCUACCAGACUGUAGAUUGUAUGGCUGUGUGGUAUUCAUGUACAUAUCUGCUAUGCAAGUUUUAUCGAUCUGGCCAUUAGGCAUAUAGAUAGAAGGGGUUUGAGACAUUAUUCCUCUGUACCCAAUGACACUUAAUCUUUAUUAACAGAAGAUAUUUCGACUACCCAGAGACACUUAAUCUUUACGAACGGAAGAUAUUUCAACUGCAGUUUUGCAGUUUAGGUUUGUGUGUGUGAGUUGUGCACAAGCUUAGGAUGAAGUGAUAUGAACUACCAUUCAUUUUACUGGACCUACUGGAUCAGUCUUGCAGUGGUGGAACGAGUUUCUGUUGGGGGGAUGGGAGUGAAAUAUGGUAGUUUUGGGGUAAGAUUUGUUCUGUGCUGUAAUCUUAUCUGGCUCUGGUUUCAGAAUUUUCCAUGUGUAGACUGAAGUUUACACACCUUUUCCAAACUCUUAGACUUCUGUUACAAAUCAAGUUGUACUACACAUCCUCUCAGUGGGCCAUGUUCUGACCAUUAAACUAUCAUGAAAUGUAAUGGAAUAUAUCUGAUGUGUGCUCCCAUCUCAAAAAAGGAUUAUUUCAUGUGAUUAGAAAGGUCACAGUUUUUGCCUAAAAAAAACAGCUUUAAUUACUGUUUGCAAAAAACCAAAUUUUAAUUUAUAUUUGGACCAUGUUGCCUCCUGGAAGUAGGUUCAGUGCAUGUGUAGCAAAAUGUUGGACUUAAAAUUUGACCAAAAUUCCUAAUGUGAAAUUUUAUCAGUCAUUCCACAUGUGACAUGUGCAAACAGAUGAAGACAGUGACACAGUGAACUUCUUGGACACAGUACUUUCCAUGAAGUGCCCAAAGUGAAUGGUUAUGUUGUAUUCCAGUAUUUCAAGGAUACUUAGGUUCGCUAAAUGGUAAGCGGAUUAGAUGUAUGGCUGGGUUAAAUUAACGAGCCACAACAGAAAGGUGACAUAAAACAGUAUUUUAUUAUUAGGAAACUGAAUGCUUGAUGAAGUACAGGUGUUGUAAAUCUUCUGCCUAAGGGUGUGUUAGCUUUGACUCACUCACAGUGCUUCCCUAUCUCAAGCCAUGGCAGACAUCGGUAAGGACUGUAGUCAGAGGGACAGAUUUUAAAUGAAUUAUUAUAUUGUCAGUGAUGAAAACUGAACAGCUUGUCAUGGCAGACUUAUGAGAAAGAUAUUAUGCAGUAAAGAAAGGUGCAUAUUUUAUUUAUAAAGACAGAAUGGACACAUUCAAGUAAUUAUUAUGUGUUAUGCAUGUGAAGCUUUGUAACUGUGUUUAAUGGUCAGAUGAGUGAAACCUUGCCUGGUAGGUGAUCACGCUCAAUUGUAAUGUAUAUCUGGGGUUGUGGAUAAUGUAGAGAGAGUAGUAAUGAAGAGCUAACAAUUUGCAGAAACUAAGAAGAA